AAUUCUCGCCUUAUCAUAGUCAGUAGGUGCUCAUCAGUGCUGACUGCUGCGCUACCUGGCCAGUUGGCAGCGAGCACACCCUCCUGCAUUACCUCGGCAGCAAAGUUUACAGUACACCAUAUCCCUACAAAUUGCCGAGCGACAGGAACGCUGCCACAAUAAGCACUCGCCCUCCUACUUUGCUGCACCGCUCUCACUCUCCCAAGCGGCCAAGCGAGCUGCAAAGCUAGCUAAAAAUACUCACGAAACAUUACCUCCUAGGCACUACUGGCCGCCGAUCGAGUCAUGCCGGAGAAGCCUCCGCCGCUCCGGCGCCGUCCGAUGGCGACGGGGAGCUGGACCCGGUCUUUCCACUGCAGGUCCACGGCUGCCGAAGACGUGGCCACCACUGUCGCGGCGCUGCCCAGGAAAUCCCACCUCCUGCUCCGCUCCAGCUGCGCCAGCUCCGGCGACAUCCACCACAGGAACAACAACGUCGCGUCGUGUAAGCCCAAGCUCAAAUCGAGCCCGAAGCCAAGCCCGGAGACGUCCAAGAAGAAGCCCAAGGAUAGUACAAAGCCCACUUCCUCCGUGCUGCCGUCGCCCUCGCCUCCUCCGCCAGGCCCGCUCGGCCCGCUCCCGGCGCUGACGGAGCUCCCGGCGGGCCACUCGUCGCGGCAGGUGGUGGAGAUCAUCUUCCUCUCCUCCUGGUCUCCGCUCCCGCCGGCGCCGCCAGCGGCCUUCACGGGGGAGGUGGAGAUGCUGUUCCGCGUGCACAACCAGGCGCGCGCCGUGGCGCGCUUCGAGGACUACCGGGCCGCCGUGCGCGCGCGGGCCCGGGACGCGCGCAGCGCGGCCGACGGCAACGAGAUGAUGCGCUUCUCCCCGGCGCCGGCCCACGGGUGCUCAUCGUCGGACGGCGCCGCCGCGCUGCGGGUCGUCCGGACCUUCGACGGCAGCGGAGGCGCGCACGCGAGCGGCCGCGGGUUUCGCGGGCCGGAGUCCUCUGGCAGGCGGGCCAUGUUCCUGUGCAGGGUGAUCGCCGGCCGGGUGGCGGAGGGGGAGGACCAAAGCGGCAAGGAUGAGUACGACUCCGUCCGCUCCGGGAAGGGCGAGCUGGUGGUGUUCGACCGGCGGGCCGUGCUCCCCUGCUUCCUCAUCAUCUACAAGCUGUAAUUAAACAAAAAUGUUGUCCAGUAACUCUUCCGCGCUAAUUAGUAUUUUUUGCCUCUAAUUACUACUUCCGUGUCAGUCAUCAUCAAUUGCGUAUAGUAGCUGUCGAUCCAUCAGAAUCAGACGCGUCUAAAUCCAUAUCGACUAAA